GUCUCCACAAUAAAGAAUAGGUGAUAAGAGAUUUGAAUAGCUAUCAAAUCAUGAAUUGCAUGUGAAAACAUUAGAUCGAAAUAUUUGUACGUUUUGCUUAUGUGAUCCGCAUUGUUCUCGGGUAGAAAUAUGAAAAUCCUUAUAUUUCAUAUUUUUAUAGUUAUAAUUUUAUGUAUAAGUGGGUCAUAUACUGAUCAAUGUUUGGACAGAAUCGAAGCUGUCAAGCUCACAACCAGCAAAGAAUGUUUGAGUCAACUAACAAAAUUGUGUCAGCAGAAGGAUCUGCUUCUGUCAUUUUGGGAUUCAUCUUCGAGACAACUGCACUCUGGUUUGAUGGCCACAAAUAACGAAGAUUUGGGAAACUAUGAUCAGUGCAUGUCAAUUGAUGAUGCCGACAUUAAAGUAAAAUAUUGUCCGUUUCAAUGGGCAACUCAAUUACCAAAAAACUCUCUGCAGGAGGCUGUUGCUUUAGUAGAAGAAUAUAAUCAUUUCACACCCACUAAAAUGUUGCAAUUGUUACAGAAUGAUACAUUUAGCAACAUAGUGAGAUUUGAAGAUGGAGGGACGGAAAAAAUAACAUUAAUAGGAUCAAUGUGCAUUCCUGAUGGUUGUACACCAGACGAAUUUACUGCAGUUUUCAACCCCUAUAUUUUACCGGUAAAUUACAAUGUCAAAGACCCUACAACUAAUUGUUUCACAAAAGGCGCAGCCUCGAAAAUGUCCACUUUUGAAAUUGCUGCCACAAUUGGUGUAUGCAUUCCUUUCUUAAUGGUUAUUGCUUGUACGGCGUUUCAUGCUUGGCUCCAUAAUAAAAAUGCAGGGGAACCUCAUGACUUCAUCAAAGCAUUUUCGGUACUACACAAUGGUAAAAAACUCAUUGAAAUAAGCAGGGGAAAUCCACAGCAGAUUCAGUGCAUUCAUGGUCUGAGGUUUUUGAGUAUGUUGUGGGUGGUUGCUGGGCAUACGUUUGCAAGCAGUGAAGUUUUACCCCAUUUCAAUGAAAAGGACGUAGAACAGUGGCGAUCACAUCUCUACGCUCAGUACAUAUUGGCCGGUCCAUAUGCAGUUGACACCUUUUUUUUUCUAUCCGGAUUGCUAUUAGCUUAUGGUUACAUGAAGCAGAUGACGGAGGUCAAGGCUACAAAGCAAGUUAAAGCCAUACCCCUAAUGAUUCUCCAUCGUUAUCUCAGGUUAACCCCAGCAGCAGCUGCCCUCUUUUUCGUUUCGCUUUCAUUUUUGAAGGCAAUAGGCAAUGGUCCAUUAUGGAUUUAUAUGGUCGAUUCAAUAAACCAACCUUGCAGGGAUUAUUGGUGGAGAUAUUUUUUUUAUAUACAAAAUUAUAGUUCGGAAAUUUGCUAUACUCAAACCUGGUACUUAUCAGCAGACAUGCAAAUGUUCAUUGUAGCCCCGAUUGUUCUCAUUCCUGCAGCAAUAUAUUAUAGGAGAAAACUUCGUCUUGUAGUAUAUGCAUUAACUGCUUUGAUUGUACUCUGCGUAGGAAUUACCAUUGGUGUUCUCUAUAUUGUGGAUGAUUACAAAAACGAUUAUGAUACGCAUUCCAGAUUAUCCGAUUAUUUAGUUGGUAUAAUUGGAGGAAUUUUAUUACACACUUGUAGAACGAAAGCCAUCAAAAUGAAGAAGGUUGUGAACUUGGCAGCCUGGGUUGUCACUUUGGUAGUUAUGUUGUUUUUGGUUCUGUAUCUGAACGAUGUUCUUGUGAACCCAACGAAGGACAAAACAAAUCUAUUUUACCCAAUUCAGAGACCAAUUUGGUGCGUUUGUAUCUUGUGGAUCGUUUUUGCUUGUCAUCACGGUUAUGGAGGAAUCAUGAAUAAAUUCUUAUCGAUACCAUGUUUCCAAAUUGGAUCUAAGCUAUCCUACAGCAUGUAUUGUGUUCAUGCUGUGGUCAUUUUAUACAACGUUGGAUCGGUCAGAUCAUAUCAAUUCUUCAAUGAUUAUAUUAUACUGUAUAUUCUAUUUGGUAAUAUUGUGGUCUGUUUGAUCGUUUCCACCAUUUGGACUCUAACUUUCGAAGCCCCGAUGAUUAUUUUGAAUAAAAUGCUGUUAGGAAAAUUAGGUUCACCCAAAAAGUGAAUUGAAGGAGAGAAAUAGACAAAAUUAAAUUUUUUAGUCCCCAAAUAAAUUUUUUACAAUAA